GUCUAUAUGAUGUUAUGCCAUUUAUACAGAACAAAACAGAGUUAAAUAGGAGUUUUAUAAAGACUAUCAUAUUCGUCUCCAUUACACAACAGCCCAUCUGGUAUUAAUGUCUCUCUACUUCUGAAUCUCUCACUUCAUCAUCAAGUGGGUUCUAUGAGAGUGACGACUCUUUGAUUCCUUCGCCACAUCUUUCUCCUCUCCCCUCACUUUGAUAUCCAUCCUUUUAACAUCCUUCUAUGUCAUCUCUCUAUCCAUCCAUAUUCAUAAAAUAAAAUAAAGCUUCUGAUGUUAUUUUUGUAGGAAGUACUUAGAAACAUAUCGCUCUGUGUUGUGUUGUGUUUUGUUUUUGUAAGAAAUGAGAUCUGGUGUAGAAGAUAACAAAGGAUGGAUUGGACCAUCGACUCCGGAGAUAUCGAAUGGUUUUGAGUUUCAGAAAGGUUCUAACCGAACACCAAACCAUCACCGCUCUACUAUGGGGAAGCCUGCACCGUCGAAAUGGGACGAUGCUCAGAAAUGGCUUUCUGGUGUAGGGCUUGGUCGUGGCGGUGGUGGUGGUGGUGAGAAGAGUAGUCAUCACUCUAGGAAUAAUAAGCCGAGAAACUCCAACGCUGAUGAUCUUAGACUUAUAGCUUCGGCUUCACAAAGAGAACGUGAAGGAGAAGAUCAGUAUGUUGACGUUGAAUACGAAGAUGAAGAAGCGGCGGCGGGAAGGCCGGAGGUUGAGACGAAGAACGUUGACUGUGGUGAAUCUGUUUGGAGGAAAGAGAGUAGUAUUAAUCCUACGGCUGUGAUUAGAUCGGUUUGUGUGAGGGAUAUGGGGACUGAGAUGACUCCUAUUGGGAGUCAAGAACCUUCAAGAACUGCUACGCCUGUGCGAGCUACGACGCCGGUUGGGAGGAGUCCUGUGACUUCACCUGUGAGGGCUUCGCAACGUGGCGAGGCGGUGGGGACGGUGACGGAGACGGUGAUGAAUGUUAGGAGGGUAGAGAGUAGUAAUAAUGAGAUGAGUAAUAAUGGCUUUGGGGAGAGUAAGAAAGCAAUGAGUGCUAUGGAAGCUCGAGCCAUGGCUUGGGAUGAAGCCGAACGGGCUAAGUUUAUGGCUAGGUAUAAGAGAGAGGAAGUGAAGAUACAAGCUUGGGAGAAUCAUGAGAAGAGAAAGGCCGAGAUGGAGAUGAAGAAAAUGGAGGUGAAGGCAGACAGAAUGAAAGCAAGGGCAGAGGAGAAGCUAGCAAACAAGCUAGCGGCCACAAAAAGGAUAGCGGAAGAGAGGAGGGCAAACGCCGAGGCGAAGCUGAACGAAAAGGCUGUCAGGACUUCAGAGAAGGCUGAUUAUAUAAGGAGAAGUGGUCAUUUGCCUUCUUCUUUCUCUUUCUCCUUUAAGCUUCCUUCUCGCUGUUGGUGUCAAUAGUCUUGUGUAUUAUCAUUAUUUAUCUUUAGAAUGUAAUCGUAUGGAUUUAGUGAUUCAGUAACUAAUUAACGCAGAAACGAAAAGUACUUCAAUGGUUU